AUGUGUAUUGAUAUAUGACAAAAAUAGUUAAAUAAUAAUCUUUUACUACAUAUCUAUAUUUGCCCAAAUUAUCAAGAGGGAAAUUAACAAAAACAAAACAAUAACACCCAUACAUUUUUGAUUACAUAUUACAUUUUUUAUAAGAUUCCGUUUCCAAUUUCUGUAUAUUUUUCUAAAAAUUUCACAACUAAGAUUUCCAAUCACAUUGUACUCUAACACACACACCAUUUUAACAACUACUAUUUAUUUAAAAAUUUUGAAUGGUAAACUAAUGGUAAUUAGCAUGAGAGAAAAUUUCAUGGUGGUAACAAUAUCUGAAAUAAAAUAUCCACACAGUAUAUUUAUUUUUGAAUGACACAGAACUUAUUGUUGUUUCACUCUCCAGAUUUCCAGAACUGGAAAGAGUCAUCUAUUGAACCAUGUAUGCUGGAAGCAGCCAGUACUCAGGCAGCAGGAGAGAAUUCAUUUGAUUCAGAAUAUGUCACCUUUCUCUCCACUACCAGCAAACCCCAUCCCAUUGAGGAGCAUGAUUUCCAGAAGUGGAAAAGCAUUAUUACCAAAAAAUACAUGCUGGAAGCAGCCAGAACUCAGGCAGCAGUAGUGAAUUCAUCUGAUUCAGAAUAUUUCACCUGUGUCUCCACUUCCAGCAAACUCCUUCCUACUGAGGAGCGUGAUUUUCAGUACUGGAAAGAGUCUGCCAUCGCACCAUAUAUGCUGGAAGCGGCAAGAGAGAAUUCAUCUGAUUCAGAAUAUUUCAGCUGUCUCUCCCCUCCGAGCAAAACCCUUCCUACUGAUGAGUAUGAUUUCCAGAAAAGGAAAGGCAUUGCUACUGAACCAUUUAUACUGGAAGCAACCAGAACUCAGGCAGCAGAAGAGAAUUCAUGUGAUUCAAAAUAUUUCACCUGUCUCUCCACUUCCAGCAAACUCAUUCCUCCUGAGGAGUGUGAAUUCAAGAAGUGUCAAGAAAUUGCUCCUGCACCAUGUAGCAUCACCAAGAUUCAGACAACAGGAGAGAAUUCAUCUUUCUCAGAAUAUUUCACCUGUCUCUCGUCUCUCAGCAAACACAUUCCUACAGAUGAGCUUGGAUUGCAGAAGUUUCAAGAAAUUGUUCCUAAGUCAUAUAUGCUGGAACCAGUCAGGGAUCAGGCAGCAGGAGAUAAUUCAUCUUCCUCAGAUUAUUUGACCUCCAUCUCCUUUGACAGCACACUGACCCCUAAUGAUAAUCAGGAAACCAGUGAAUCAUCUUCAUAUGUUUCCUAUCCUGAAUCACAUAGUACGUCUGUAGAAAGCAAGUUGGAAGAAUCAGAAUAUUCUUCGUCAUUGGCAUAUAACGAAUUACCAGUUUACUUGGCCAAUAAUCCCUGUACAUGCUCAAAGAAGAGGAAAAGGGAAAGAAUAAUGAAAGUGUACUAUAUGCAUGUUACAAUGAAGAGGGGGGUGGCUGUCUUAGAGGAUACAGAAGACGAAAGUCAGCCUCCAUGCAAAAAGACAAAAAUGAAAACCAUUGCAUUUCCUGAGACAAUCCAUACAGAAGAAAAUCUCUCUGACGUAUACACAGAAGAACUCCUAACUGAGAGUGAUCUCAGCUUUGAUGAUGUAGUCCAAGAGGCAUCAGAAGAUAAUGACAGACCGAUAGAUCUUCCACCUCUGGAGACAAGUUCCAGAGCUAAAACACCAGAAUGGCUUGUGGCCCAUGACAGUGGCUACAGGUGCAUGGCCUGCUGCCGAGUUUUCCCCUCCUUGGAGAUUCUACAGGACCAUGUGAAGAAUGGUAUUAAAGAGGGAUUUAGCUGCCAUUCUUUUCAUGUAGCCCUUAACUUGCUUAGAAGUAAGAACAGAAAUAGAAAAAAAGAAGUAUACGAAGAGGAGGAAAACAAAGUCAAAAAGAGCUGGACAAAAGGCAUAAGUAUCCAAUGUCACAACAUAAUUAGGCGCAUAAGAGACUUCUUUCACAAUAACCAUUGAUAGCAUCAUGACCACCAGCACAACUAUCACCACCAUCAAAAGCCCCAGCACCACCAUUAUUACUACCAUCAACAAUACAACAACAAUGGCCACCACUAUGACUACUACAACCAUUGCCACUGUCAAUAACAUCACCAUCAACAGCAGCAGCAACAAGCACCAUCAUCACUAUCUUAUCAUCACAGCCAUCACUACUAUCAAGAGUAUCACCACUACAAUCAUAAUUAGCACCACCAUCAACAGCACCACUACAAUUACCACCUUCACCGGCACUACCAGCACCACCAUCAACAGUACUAUCUGCAGCACCAUCACCACCAUACCAUGACCAUCACAACCAUUGCCACUGUUAACAGCACCAUCAAUAGCAGUGCCAUCUCUACCAUCACCACCAAUAGCACUACCAUCAACAGUACCAUUACCAACAUCAUAAUCAUUGUUAACAGCACCAUCACCUCAGCCAUCACUGACAUCAACAAUGUUAUCACCAGCACAAUAGUCAUCACCACCAUUGACAGCACCACCAGUAGCACAUUAGCAGCAGCAUCACCACUAUUAUCACCAACAUGGCUAGCACCACCAUCACUAGCCCAUAACCACCACAACCAUCAAUACCAUAAAUAAUAGCACCAGUACUGCUAACACCACUGUCAACAGCUCCACCUUCAACAGCACCACCAUCUACAGGACUACUAUUAUCAUCAUCCCAGCACCAUGAUCACCACCACCAGGGCCACCAGCACCAAUAUGGACAGUAGCACUUGUACCACAAGUAGGAUUAGAGAAGCCCUUUAGAUAAUAUUCCCCAGAAGAAAAAACAAGUUUGUAGACCACAUCAAGCUAUAAAGCAAAAAUGUCCUCAGGCAAACUAAAGAGCAAUGAAUACCAGUAUAUCAUCUUUAUCACUGGAAGAAAUUCAUUUGAAAUAGAAACUGCUAUGGACUGGACUUAGAAGAAGAGGCGAGGUUCCCAGGGCACCAAGAAUCUGGUUCUAUAUAAUCAACAGAGAGGAGAUAAACAUGGACAAAGCUGAGAAGACUUUGCAAAGCCAGGUGCACGCUGCUAUAGCGGAGAGUGUCAUUUUUAGUUAGAAGGAAAAUCAGACUUGUCUUCAAUAUUUCUAAAGUCACAGAAUCAAAACAGAAGUUGUCCUGAGAUUAGCUGAAGACUUGUCUCUAUGAUAAGAACUACCUUCCUGACUUAAAGGUGUUCUUUUUUAUUUUGCUUAUCUCACAGCAAAAAAAUGGUAUGGAUUAUACAAGGAAGGAGUUUCUCUUCACCAAGCUGUCAGCACUUAAGAACUGAGAAAAUACAAGAAUAAAUAAUUUUUUAUUAAUCUAUUUUAUAGUACAGUAAAAUAUAUUAUAGAAAUUUUCUUUAAUAAUGUGGAUUAAUAUUAAAGUAGAACUAUUUGUUAUUGAAUGUACCCACUGAAGGAAAAUCAAGGAACGAGAGAUGGGUAAGAGAGAAAUAUAUUAUAGAAUAAAAUAUAUUGUAGAAAUUAUUUACUAAAAUAUAUUAUAGAAAUUUUCUUUAAUAAUGUGGAUUAAUAUUAAAGUAGAACUAUUUGUUAUUGAAUGUACCCACUGAAGGAAAAGCAAGGAAUGAGAGAUGGAUAAGAGAGAAAUGAAAGAGAUACACAGGAGAGUAGAGAUACACAGGAGAGUUUAUUUGUCAGAGCUGACAAAUAAAGGCCAUCUCUCUAUAGGAGAGAGAGGCAAAACAGGCUGAGUUCUGGGACUUUUAUGAGGGAGGCUCAGGAAUCAGAGCUGGGCAAGUCCUUAUGCUUUAAGGAUUGGGUUGAUAUGAAUGAGUGGAGUGGCUUUCUCAGAAACUCUGUUGGGUGGGAAAGUGAAACUUUUUCCUUAAAAUGGAGGUUGUCACUUAAGGUGGCCAUCAAGAUGCUAAUCACAAGGACCUUAAACCCACUAUAUCUAUAUCUUCCUAUUUUCAAAGUCAAACUCAGAAAUAUAGAAUAAUAUUCUAAUAAAACUCCAAGUUUUAACCUCCUCCACAUUUAUGGGAAGAAGGUUUUUCAGAUAACAGCUCAAUUGUUUUGGAGUAGUAGUUACCACGGUAACUUUUGUAAUAGAACUAUAGACCAUUGCCUUAGCAAUCAAGGAUUGAUUACUCAUUUUGGAGAAAAACAGGGGAAAGGAACAGUAGACUCUAACCUGUUUCCUUUCUUUAUUCUUUUAGCUUUGUCAUUAUUAUGCUAAAUAAAGGCAGUACUAUGUCCCUUUUGAAUGUAAGUGUACUAAUUGCUCUAAAGUUUCUCACAGUGAGUAAAAACCUUGAACAAAUAAUAAAGUCCAUUUCACACCAUCACUCUCA